UGCAAAUCCUAUCACCAUAACGCGCAGUUUGAUUGGUUGUUGGGUGGGUGUUGUUCCGAAAAUUACCAAAGUUCAAAUUGUUGGUUACCGGGUUUGCUGUUUCAGCAGUUGCAGCUUUGCAGUUGGGUUAGGGUAGUUACGGUAUAAAUUUACGUACCGGUACCGGUACGUUACCAAAGCAGUGCAGUUUGCAACAAGAUUCAUACUACAUAUACACACGGUAUAUUUCUGUACCGGUAUCCGUUGAAGACAAUGACCAAAGUGAAAGCUAUUUGUAAGCUCGAUGGCGACAAAGGAGUAAAAGGAGACAUUUUGCUGGAGUUGCAAGGUGAUGGCACUUGCAAAAUUACUGGCAUAGUGGAAGGAUUAAAGGCAGGAAAACAUGGAUUCCAUGUUCAUGAAUUUGGGGACUUCUCACAAGGAUGCAUUAGCACUGGUGGCCAUUUUAAUCCAAAUUUAAGAGAACAUGCUGGUCCUGCAGACGUGGAUCGUCAUGUUGGAGAUUUGGGCAAUAUCAUAGCGGAAGAAAAUGGACAAGCUGUAGUAGAUAUUACUGAUAGUCAAGUCACCUUGUGUGGUGCGAACUCUGUUAUUGGAAGGGCAAUUGUAGUUCAUGCAGAUGAAGAUGACUUGGGUCGGGGAAAAUUCGAUGAUAGCAAAACUACAGGCCAUGCUGGGGCAAGACUAGCUUGUGGUGUGAUUGGGAUUACAAAAUAGAUUUAAAUAUAAAUCCAGGGGGUUUGAUUAUAUUUCUGUAUUUCUUCAGUCACAUCCUCUAUUGUAUUUAAGCCGACAUCAAAAUUAACAGAUUGCAUUUUGGAAACUGGAUUAAAAUGUAAUAAAACUGUAAAAUGAACAUAUUUUAUAGAAAUCAAAUAUAACCUGAUGUUAUGAUGAUUAAAUGUCUGAAAAAUUUCAUAAUUUAGUUCAUAUUAAUUAGCAAAUUAUUGCGUUAAUAAGGAAAAGUUUCUCUACUACAAUGUUAUAUUUUGGUGAAUAUAAUUUAGCAUCAUGAUUUAGUACCAUUGAAUGUGUAAAGUUGUUUCGUCAUUAAUUUUGCAAUCCCUUGAAUAAGCUCACUGGUUAGUGAAUUCGUUCCCUUUUUACUCUUUUGUGUCGCUAAAUUGAAAUUUAAUAAACACUGUAAUGAUUUGAUGUAUUUUUUUCAAAUUUUUGAAGAUAUCACCUCAUCUGUUUGCAAACUUCCAUGGAGCUGGAUGAUUAUGGGAUCAUCUUGAAAUCUCUACUGUCAUAUAUGAUAAUAUACACUGUAUCAGAUCACAAGUUAUGAAAUCAUUUUCUGAUAUAAUAUUCAUCCAUUUUUAUUUGUCGCCUAUAUUUCUUAACAUCGUUGAAUUUUGGGCUUUGUCCCGUAAGCAUUGUACACUAUUUAUUUCAUCCUUUGAUAUGUGUUAUUUGAUUCAUCUUCAAAUCCUGCACAUUAUUCAUUCCGUUUUGGUUUUUUACAUCAAUAGUAUUUUGUAUUAUUGCUAUUUUGUCAUGUUUUUUUCUAUAAAUCAUGAUAGAAUAUACCUAUUGUGAAUAUAAACAAUUGAGACCUGCAUUUUUCUAGAGAGUGCCAACUACAUCUGUCCAUGUCCAUAUAGUUAAAUUUAAAACGAAUAUCCUUAAUGGACUCGAUAAAUAACGAAAACACGAUAUAUAUACAUAUGACGUUUUACUUUGUAAAGUGUGACUUAAAUUAUGAUUUCUCUACAAUGAUACAUGCGAAGUACAAUGAAAAAAUAGUGAACUCUAAUAUUCAUAUUUAUAUCUGGGUGAUCUUCCGAUAGUUGUGGAAUCCCCUCUGUAUAACAUAGUUAUUAGUCUACCGGUACACCAGUAUUUUUUUUAUAUGAAGGUUCUAUAUUUGUUAUUUUGUAAGUUUUUUCAUUGUGAAUGGUAACUUUCUACUGUAGAGUUUAUAUGUGUCUAUUGCUUUUUUAUCGCAGAA